GUUGCAGAGUACGCGAACGUGCGGAAGCACCUGCGCUCCCUUGGCAUUUGUUUGCAAUACGGUUGUUUUUGAGUUGGGCGGCGCACCGAUGGGCAGCUAUCCAACUGAAAUGCAGAAGCUAAUCAUCGGCAGUAUUAUCAGCCUGCCGAGACUGCAGUUGUGAUCUGUGCCUAGUAGAACCGGAGAGUGCACUCUUCUGCAGUAUGCCUGGGAGCUCCGUAAGGUGGGCAUUUAACGUUCGUGCAUGGCAACCGACUCGAGAGCAAUGGCUGUACGCCUUGCGUUGUGUUCAACCCGAAGAAAAGGAACGCAUACAAAAGUUUGUCUUUACCAAGGACGCCAAAGCAUCAAUGAUUGGCAGACUUCUGCUCAGAAAAUGCAUCAGCGAACUUCGUGCCGUGCCCUACCAAGACAUAAACUUCGGUAGAAAUGACCAUAACAGACCUGUCUUGACGCAGCCGCAACUAACGGGUCAACCUUUCGAUUUCAAUGUCUCGCACCAAGGGGAUUAUGCAGUGCUGGCAGCCGACGACUAUCCCAGUGUCGGCGUUGACGUCAUGAAAACUGAGUAUUCCGGUGGCAAAACGAUACAAGAGUUCUUUGCAGUCAUGGAGAGGCAGUUCACUCCAAAAGAAUGGAGCUUCAUCGAACAGCCUGGCACUGAAAAUGACCUGCUCAGACGUUUUUAUCGGCUUUGGUGCUUGAAGGAAAGCUUUGUCAAGGCUACGGGUGCUGGACUGACUGUUGAUCUUCAGCGGUUGAACUUCACUUGCCUAACGAAAGAACUCAAGCAGGCCACGAUCACAAGCGACACACAGCUAUGUUUCGAUGGCCAACUGCUUAGCGACUGGAUAUUUCAAGAGACAAUGCUUGAUUAUGAACAUUGUGUCUGCACAGCCCUCAAGGUUGGCAGCAAGACCACCCCACCAGAUGGCAAGAUCUUCACCGUGCUGUCCUUUCACGAACUUACCAACGGAAGUCGUCCAUUUGGUCUAUCCAAUGACUCCGACUGGACCCAAUUUGCAGAAAAGUCAGAAUUUCCAAAGUGAAAUGCCGAAAUGCCCACACUAUUAAAUAUCCUGCGCACAGUUUAUUUUUUCUUUGUGUAAAUAAAAGCACAUUCAGAAAUUUUA